GUCCCUUUCAAGAUCCUAAAACCCUAACUCAACACAGACUCCAAAAAUCCCUAAUCUCAAACAUUCAUAAUCUCUCGACGCCAUGGACGUGGAUCAUGAUCCACCGCACACCGCGGCUGAGGCCCAGACCCUACAGUCGCUUACGGCGGGCCCUCUCUCCUCAUCAGUGGCCAAGCUCGCCGCUUCCUCGCGGUGCAUCCCUUCUGAGAGGGACUUCUAUUUCUACCGCAACUUCGACGACUUCAAGGUCCCGCUCAAAGAAAUCGCGCGUGAAUCGCACUCGAUGCUCGAGGCCAUUGGCGCCGCGGCUCAGGUGGCGUUCCCCGCUGACGACGACGCUGCUUACGACUGGCUGGUCAGCGUGAACGACGACGUUCUGGAGCGGUUUGACGUCUCCACCGAUGAGUUUCGGAGGGUUCGGAAAGAGGAGGAAGCGGCAGCGAGGUCGGGUUCGGUGGUGGAGGACGGGUUUGAAUUGGUUUCCAGAAGGAAGAAGAAAGAGGAAAAGGUGAAAGCGGAUUCGGAGAUGAGUCCCGCAGUGGCGGACAGCGUUAAGGUGGCGGUGAAAGAUAAGAAGACUACUGGGCCGAAGCCUAAGGUGCCUUUUCAUAUACCGACCAUUAGGAGGCCACAGGAUGAGUAUAACAUUCUGGUUAAUAAUACCAACAUGCCUUUUGAACAUGUUUGGUUGCAGAGGAGUGAGGAUGGUGACAGGUUUAUUCAUCCACUGGAAAAGAUCUUUGUAUUGGAUUUUGUUGAUAAAGAUCCUGGGGAUGUUCUGCCAAAGAAGCCUCCCCCAAUAGAAAGCACUCCUUUCAAGCUUGUGGAGGAAGUCAAAGAUUUGAAAGACCUGGCUGCUAAGCUGCGUUCUGUUGAUGAAUUUGCGGUAGAUUUGGAGCAUAAUCAGUACCGUUCAUUCCAAGGUUUGACGUGCCUGAUGCAAAUCUCAACAAGGACUGAAGAUUUUGUUGUUGACACGUUGAAGCUUCGCAUUCAUAUUGGGCCCUAUCUUAGGGAGGUCUUCAAAGACCCCACCAAGAGGAAGGUCAUGCAUGGUGCGGAUAGAGAUAUUUUGUGGCUUCAACGGGACUUUGGCAUAUACAUUUGUAAUUUGUUUGACACUGGCCAGGCUUCAAAGGUGUUAAAAUUGGAUAGAAAUAGUUUGGAAUAUCUUCUGCAUCAUUUUGUGGAGGUUACUGCAAACAAAGAAUAUCAGAAUGCUGAUUGGAGACUUCGACCUCUUCCUGAUGAGAUGAUAAGAUAUGCCAGAGAAGAUACUCACUAUCUGCUGUAUAUAUAUGAUUCAAUGAGGAUCAAGUUAUUUUCCUUGCCAAAGGAGUUUGACAGUUCUGAUCCUCCUCUGGUGGAGGUUUACAAGCGCAGUUAUGAUGUCUGCAUGCAGCUAUAUGAGAAGGAACUUUUGACCGAGAACUCUUACCUUCAUAUAUAUGGGUUGCAAGGGGCUGGUUUUAAUGCUCAACAGCUUGCCAUUGUUUCAGGGCUGUGUGAAUGGCGGGACAUUGUUGCUCGUGCAGAAGAUGAGAGUACUGGAUAUGUACUGCCAAACAAAUCCGUUCUUGAAAUUGCUAAACAGAUGCCUAUCAUUCCAAGCAAGCUACGACGAUUGGUGAAAUCAAAACACCCAUAUGUGGAACACAAUCUUGAUACUGUCGUCAACAUCAUUAGGCAUUCUAUUCAGAAAGCUGCUGCUUUUGAAGUAGCUGCUCAAGAAUUGAAAGGAGUGCAUGCUGCCACUGCAUCAGAUGUAGUACCUGUCUUCAAUGGAACUGAAAGUACCCUCCAUAAACAAAAUUCGAAGGAAUCAUUUCAGCAUCAAGAUACAGAUAUACAAAUAAAACUUAAGUCCAAUAGCCUCACAUCUGAGCUCCCAAGGGACAGUCUCACUGUUUCUGAGCAGAAUAAGGAUGCUAAUACUGGUGCACUCUCUACGUUAGAGGGAAAUGGAGCAACAGUUCAGGUGCUAAAAAAGCCUGCUGGUGCUUUUGGGGCACUGCUGGGAAAUUCAGCUUCAAAGAGGAAGCAUGAUCCUGAUAAGGGCAUGGAAGAGAUCAAACUAGAGCAGAUUAGAUCUUCAGUCAGUCUUCCCUUCCAUUCAUUUUUGGGUAGCAGUGAGAAGUCAAAACCUAUAGUAGAAGCUCCUAGUUUAGCAUCAGAAAUGUCAGACCUACACAAACCUGCCUCUGAUCCAGUUUCCACCUCCACUCUAGAUGAGAUCAUAUUGCUAGACUCUGAUAUAGCUGCGGAGGAUUUGGAGCAGAGUAACCUAGAAGACCCAAUUGAGAACAGGGAGAACCGAUCUACUGUGUCAACUUCCGGAACAGAGGAUGAAGAUGUGCCAAUGUCUCUCUCCGAAUUGUCAUCAAACUUUCAGAAGUGCUUUCAGUCAAACAAUCAUAAUACUAAAACCAGACAGCCCCAGAAAACUGAUCCAAGUGGCUUAUUUCAGUUAAAGCCAUUUGAUUAUAAAGCAGCAAUGAAGUUUGGGGAAAAUACAGCACGUGCAUCUUCCCGGAGUGGUGAUGGUCAUAUAGAGAUAGAGGAGGACUCAGGUGGCAAGAAGAAGCGUUCAAACAGAGGACAGGGACAAUCAACGGAUGAUCUGAAUAAACCACUGCCGCAAGGUAGAAGACGUCAGGCGUUUCCUGCUUCUGGGAACCGUAGUGCAACGUUCCGCUGAUACAAUGAAAAUAAGUGCUAUUUAAAAUGAUAACAUACAGUUGCUAAAUAAAGAAUACAAGGGGAGCUUAAAAUUCUAAAAGCCAUUAAUUUACAUCGUAGGGUAGUAUGAAAAAUCUAAAAGUUCUACAAGCCAGUUUCAUCUAUAUUUGAAUUUGUAAUUUAAUUUAUACAUUAGGUGAUUUUACCAUAUGGUCCAUUUAUGUUUUUAUUAUCUUACAUUAUUAUUAGAGGCUAAUUUUUUUUAAUGACGUAAAA